UGUCUCACUCGUCACUCAUGUCAACAACGAGACGACGACAAAAUUGUAGGACAAAAUUCAAUAAAAUAAAAUACAUUCCAAUUUCCAUCGUUAUUCGUGAAAUUGAAUAGAAAUAUUUGUAGCACUUUUAAGGAUUUAGAGUACCUAAUAAAAAUGCGUGUAGUUUUAGGUGUGAUAUUUUUACUACCUUCCCGGCAGAAUGAAAAUAGUGUUAAGUGAAUAAAUUGAUUUACAGACAUUUAGCUUAUCCAUAAAAAUACAUUUUAGCAUAUUUUGCCGGGACUUCUAAACGUAUUAUUUACCUUACAUUCUAAUAUAAUACUGUUCUUAACUUUUUAGUGCCUUUUGAAAAUAUUGUUCUUAACAUCGUUGAGAUAUAUCGUUUGCUGUGUUAUUUAUUGUGUAACAAGAACUACUUUAGCAGUCACAAUGUCAACAUUGGGAACAUUGCCUGUAAUAUUGAUCAGCAGUUUCGAAGAAGCGGCUGCAAAGGCUAUUGUUUCUGAACUAAUAGACAAUGAUGUAACGGACACAUACAUCCAAGAUGAACAAUCUGGCGAUCGUGUAUGGAAGCUGGUCAAUAAAUAUUACACAGCAAAUGUGAGGGUUCACAUACUGACAGAUAAUGGGCAGCUUGGUGUCAGUCCGGAGAGUAUAGAAGCACACAUCAUUCACCUCACUGACGAGGAGCUAGAAGAUGAUAGUGUGUGGUGUAGGAGAGCGACGGGCGCUAGUGGAGCGUGGAGGCGCGCCGCCGUACGUCUCGUGGUGGCCGAAUGCGACGCCGAGACCGGCGGGCCGCUAGCCGCCUGGAGCGCCGCGCAACGUGCUGAGCUCUUAGCGUGGCGCGGCGCGCCGCCUGACGACGGACCCGAGCGCGCACGGGACGCGCUACACGCGCACGUGUGGCCCGGCCUGCAACGAGAAGGCCGCGCGGCCCGUUUACCCCCAUUGCUAUCAUCAGAGUCAUGGUCGAGCUCAGGUGAGUCGGACGAGUCGGAUUCUGAAGCCGAGGAGCUGCGCGCCGUGGAGCAAGCGGAGGCGUUCGCGGCGGCCCUGGGGUCGCUGGGGGCGGCGGCGGCCGCGCGGCCCUCAGUGGGGGCGGGGAGCGGGACGGAGCGACUCGAUCACGCUGAGGCGCUGGUGCAAGCCUUCUGCCGCGCACUUGGCUACGACAUGGACUCCUGCUGAACUCUUCUUACUUCAUCAUACUUGUAAUCGUCUACUUGGUUUGAACAUGCGCCGUCAUCGCUAUGUAUGUACAUACUAUAAUAUAAUUUUAUAUUAUCUGA